AUUUUUUUGGUAUUUAUAUACCACCAAAAAAUACCACUCGCACACUUGUCAAUUUGUUUUCGUUUCGUGUUUGUUUUUGUUAGCAGUUUUCUUUUGCUCUCGUCUUUCCAUGUUUUAACUCCGUUUUCCGCAAAUCUCAGUUUUCAAUCUCGUGACAAGUUUUUCCGCCCGUCCGGAAAAAUGCUAAAUUUCAAAGUCUGUUUGUUUUUGUUCCUCCUCCUCCACUUCCUCGUGGGCGUGGCGUGGGCGGAGGGGGGCGAGUGCCGCCGCCUCCAGCGCGCUGAUAUCGAGGGCAGACUGUCCACGAAGACGCCGUACAGGGCGAUCGCCAAUUAUGACGAAACGCCGCCGAAAUACGCCGGUUGCCACCCGACGCGCAUCUGGUCCAUUAUCCGGCACGGAACUCGAAAUCCCAGCGAAUCCGUUAUUUUGCAGGCCCAAAAUCGCCUGGCCGAGAUAAAGAAACUCAUUCUGGAGCAGCCGAAGCCACCGAUCUGCUCCGCGGAGCUGAAGAGGCUGCGUCAGUGGAGCUGGAAGCACCUGAACGCCACCGAGGAUGAGAAGCUACUGGUGGCGGAGGGCGAGGACGAGCUGAUCGAGCUGGCGGAACGGAUGCAGCGCCGCUUUCCGGAUCUUUUUCCCGAGCUGUACAGUCCGGAGUGGUAUUACUUCAAGUACACGGCCACGCAGCGGACGAUGAAGAGUGCGGCGAGCUUCGCCACCGGUCUUUUUGGCCGCCAUCGCAUCCAUGCGGUGCGGUAUCCGCCAGCGCUGCACGAGGAUCCUGUUUUGCGGUUCUAUAAGGGCUGUGGAAAGUGGAAAACUGACGUCGAUAAGAAUCCCGAAACCUUGGUCAACGCACGCAGGUUCCUUGCGGAGCCGCAGAUGCAAUCAGCAGUGGAGCAGGUGCGGAGCAGCACCCGGCUGCCCGAUCUCCAGCCAGAUGACGUUCAGCUCAUGUACACGGUGUGCGCUUUUGAGACGGCCUGGCAUCGGCCGCGUCGUGGUUCUUCUUCUGGCUCCCCAGAGGAUUCCGUGUGGUGCAACUUCUUCGAUGUGCCCGCCUUGGAGGCGCUGGAGUUCUUCGAGGAUCUGGAGUACUAUUGGAACGAUGGCUACGGCUACGAACUGACCCAUCGCAUUGCCUGUCCGGCAAUAGCGGAUAUGUUUGCGGCCAUUAGUUCUUCGGAGGAGGAGCGGCCGCGGCGGGCCAACGCCACGUUGUACUUUACGCACUCGGGAACGCUGCUCAAGUUGCUGGCCCAUUUGGGAUUGGCCCGGGACAAGAAGCCGCUGACGCACAAGCAUUUUGCCAGCGAGCGUCGUUGGCGCACAAGCCAAAUCGACGCGUUCGCGACCAACUUGGCCUUCCUGCGCUACGAUUGCGACAAGGGGGAGCCGCAGGUCCUGGUGCUGCACCAGGAGCGAGUGGUGCGCCUGCCCGGCUGUCCGCAGGACAAGGACCUCUGUCCGCUGGCCACGCUGCGUCGCAUUUUCGCCAAGAGCUUGGACCGCUGCGACGUCGAGGAGCUGUGCCGGGUGAAGGCCAACUGAUGGUCAGAAUAGGAAUGCUGGAGUCUCUGCUGCUGAUGCUGCUGUUUUGUUGCUCUGCUCCCCUGCCACUGCAAGACCUCAUGAAAAGGGAUUCGUCGGAAUGUUUAGGAUACAACUGAAAUAAACGAUAUAGUUAAGAACGGAAUAGAUGCGAAGGAGCUGGAAUUUAGCGAGGAGCCAGCCGGGAUUAGUUUUGUAAGAGGAGGAGAGUUAUGUGUUGACCAAGUGGUGUCUGUGUGUUUUGUAUGCCUUAUUAAUCAAUGUGGACCAUCCAAUCCAGAACAAACGAACUUCGAGGAGGAGUGCAGAAGACAGAGCGAGAUGGAGAACGAAAGACAGAACGAGAAAGAGAGAGAGGGAGAUGCAGAUGCACUUUAUACUUUAGUCUAUUUACUCCGGAUGUCUCACCAACUGCUGUAAAGAUAUACACGACUAAUCUUGGUUUACCUAUUUUUUUUUGUUAUUCAGUUAAUCAUACUAUACCCCUAACCUAUCCCUUUCCUUAUACAAAGCCAAAUGGCAACGCAUACUGUAUAUAUAUAAAUACUGAUGUAUAAGAUAAUUAACUAUAGUUAUAUAUACCCAACACACCACACAUAUAUACAUAAACACAAGCGUUAUUUAUAUGCCUCUAUUCAAAUCGAUCCGUUGCCCCCAAAAAGAUAUAAAUGAAAACGUUCGUUGUGCUAACUUGUGUUAUAUACCUAUAAAACGAAAACGAAAUCGAACCCGGAUAUAUAUUUAAUAAGGCAAGGAUAAAAGGAACAAAUGCUGGGUUCCUAGUUCAAUUGUUCAGCGGAGAGGGAGACCCACAAACUUUGUACAUAGCACUUACGACUUUAAUCACUUUUGUCUAAUUUUGUUUGUCCUAUCGAAAGCCCAACAGCAACAACAACAACAACAAGAACCGCAGUAACAACAAAUAAAACUAACGAAAAUUCUAGUUUAAAGCUUAA